AUGCAGUUCCUUACCAUCGCCCUCUUCGCUAGUCUCUCUGCCGCCCAAACCCUCAACAUCCCCACCCGCGUCGGCAACGUCGAAGUCCUCAAAGCUGUCGAAACCAUCCCCGCCGGCGUAACCAGGAACUACGGCUACCGCGAGUUCGACCGCGGCAUGAAGUGCGCUGAGGGCGACACCGGCACCAAGAACGCCGUCUUUCUCCUCAAGGAAGGCGCCACGCUCGAGAACGUCAUCAUCGGUGCCAACGCGCUCGAGGGCGUCCACUGCGAGGGCAAAUGCACGGUCCGCAACGUCUGGUUCAGGGAUGUUUGCGAGGAUGCGAUUUCUGCGCUCGGCAACGGCGAUGUUUUGAUCGUUGGCGGUGGUGCGCAGAACGCGGAUGACAAGGUCGUUCAGCAUAAUGGUAGCGGAAAGGUUACUAUCCGCGACUACCAGGUCGUCAAUGUUGGCAAGGUGUACCGCGCUUGCGGUGACUGCACCAACAACUCUUCCCACGGUCCCCGCCACGUUGUCAUCGAGCGCCUCCGCGCAACUAAUGUCAAGACCAAUCUCGCCGGCAUCAACUCCAACUUUGGCGACUCUGCUACUAUCUCUGGCUCUUGCGGUACUGUUUCCGGCGAGAUCUGCCAGCAGUUCAAGGGUGUCAACAAGGGCCAGGGAGACAGUGAUAAGGUUGCUGGAAAGGAGAGGUGCCUUGGUGCACAGGGCAAGCUGGCUAAGGGCACUUUGAGCAGGUGCGCCUAG